AUGCAGUGCGUUCGUAUCCUCGACCGCCUAGAAAAGGCCAGGAUGUUUCAUUUGUAUGCAACCUUGCGAGACCAAAAAAUAUGUCUGAUAAAUCAACUUGUUGCUGAGGAAGACUCUCUCUUAGCUGAAGUCAACCCCAAAUCAAGCUGGCUGUCUCGUGCUUUACCCAACAAAAAGCACAUAUUUAGCAUCUGGUCUAUUCGUAACCAUUUCUUGAAAGGGAUCAGGUCUCUUGACGCAAAGGCUGUGUUUCACCUCACAAAGCAACCUAACAUGGGAUCUGUUUCCAUCCAAGAUGCUGCUGAGCACUUUGCUUUGAAGGAUCUACCAAGGGCUAUAUCCGACUACGCUCUAGGCCUGCAGCAAGUCGGUGGGCAGAGCUUUUCCGGAUCAAACAACUGUAUGAAUUUAGCGUUCACACACAUCCACAUGUGGUAUAAAUGUAAAAUACAGCUCCACUCGACUUUCCGCCCACAUCUCAUCAUGCCCGCACAAACAAUCCAAGCAUAUCUGUCUUUACCUAAAACGCUGUACGGAAACUGCGAUACAGUGAAAUUGAGUUGCCCCAACAGGCAGGACUUCACACCUUUUCCAAUUGUUCAAGUCUGCAUUAUAUUCCAAGUAAUAGUGCCAAAAAAUACUAUCCUCAAUCAACACCUUGCGCCCGCCCUUGUGUACGUGCAAAACUUUGGGUUUUCAGGACAGUGGAGAGAUUCCCGUAGUAUUUUUGCCAAAGAAAAUGUUGAUAUGUACAUUGUUGAAUGGCUGUUUCGCAACACAUUGACGGCCGAUGGAGAAAGGCUUCGCAUGGGCGGUGUUUACCCUUUACAUUCGAUACAUAUACUUGUGGAUCUCAUACCGGUUUUUGGCGCAGUCAUGGAUCGCCAUAUCAAUGCCAGCAACUCUCUCAAACUUCCCACCAAGUUUUAUGUCAAUAACUUUGCAGAUAAAGAAAUGUACAAUAUGUUUUAG